AUGUAAACUCAAAAGACCAGUUUCUCAAGUCAUUUUUACCAAAUAUCUCCACCAUUCCUACUGACAAAAAGAAUAAAAUCAGAAGGAUUGAAUUUUUUAACAGAAUUAGAUUUAAAUGCUCAGCGUUCUAUUUAAAAAAGAAUGCAGAAAAGUGAAGUAUAAAUCACUGAGGCAAAUCAAAAAUUGAUUCCAAGUAAGAACAAUUUAAUAAUAUAGAAUAAAAAACUAAUAUUAAAACUAGAAAGAAGGUGAUCAGAACUAAAUAACCAUCAUUACCAUAUCUUAAGCUUGAUGAGAAAUAAUAUUAUGAUAAAUGGUAUAUCCCUUAUGAUUAAAGAUUUAUUCAAAAAGUUAAUUUAGCUUAAGAAUAAUAUCAAGGUAAAUAGUCGAUAAUUUAAAGGUCUUAGAUCCUAACCAUUUUUAUAAAAAUAUGCAUGCAGGAUCGACACAAUAUAAUCCAUUUGAAAAGGAUUUACCUAAAGAUCUUGAAAGAAAUAUUGAAUACAAGCAUCGAUCAGAUAUUUUAAAGGAAAUGCUUAAAGGCUAGAAAAUGAUUUAUGAAUUUAGAAAGUAUAUCUAAUUCAUAUAUGAAGAUCUUUGGAAUAAAAUUAAUAACGUAUCCCAUAAUUUAUUAAAAAAAUAAUGGAAGAUAAGAAAUAUCCACUCUAAAAAUAGUAAUGA